AGGGCGGCGCUCAACCGAACCACGCAAGCCAAAAAGAGCCGACGAAACGUGGCUAGGUCGUGACCGCGCGUGCGCAGCGAACUGGUGUCACAGGGACCAGAACCACCAGAAGACAUCCACGGUGUUCCAGUCCAGCAUGUCUGUGGGGAGUGCGUACCGCCCGUGGAGCCUGCUGCACCGGGCUCUGGCAGUUUCCUCGGCUGUGUCUCAGGCCUGUUCCUUCCACACACACACUGCCCGCCUCAGCUCCAACCGCUCCAGUGUGGUACGCUGUGGGAGGCAGGUGUACGAGAGGAGCUUCCCUGUGCUGCUGCUCCGCCCCGACGGCUCCACAGUGCACAUCCGAUACAGAGAGCCACGACGCCUCCUGGUGAUGCCCGUAGAUGUGUCCACGCUGUCUGAGGAGGAGCGCAGAUCCAGGCUGAAGAGGAGGGAGGUGAAGAGGAGCACCCAGAGACCCCCAGAGGAGGAGUACCAUGAGCAGUUCAGAGCCGACCAGUACAAACACUUCUGGAGGAAGAAAUAAGCAGACUUUUCUGUGUCUGCUGUGCUUUGUAUCUGUUUGGUGUGUCAAUAAAGUUUCAUACAUUUGUCA